AAUAAAAAGUUAAGCUUUAUGCUAAAUUUUCAAACAAGAGCAAUAAAUGCAGAGUCAGAGAGUAGCAUGAUUCAAUUGGUUCUUCUUUCUCUAUUUUUAAUUAUUAUUUUAUUUCCUGUGCUGGUUGGUUUUCUCACUGACCCGAAUUGACUACUCCACCAUUUUUCUUUUUCUUUCUUCAAAUUAAUUAAUUUAUUAAUUAAUGGCGAUUUUUUCUACUGAUCCUGGUUGUCAAUUCGGAUCAAUCACACACACACACACAAAACACACACUCGUGAGUGUGCAAUAACUGCGGAGCAGUUCUGAGUUCUGAGUUCUUCGACUGAAACAAGAUUCCUUUUUUUUUUUUGGGGUUUCAGAGUUUGAGCAAUUUCAGAUGAAAUGGGCUGGCUGCGAAUUCCGAUAAACUGAGCUGAAGAAUUCAUUUGUCAUGGGUUGUGUUCUGGGAAAACGAGCCGCCGGUAAAAGAGAGGCUCGCCGGAAGCAGACAACCGACGAGCGCCCCGAUUCGGAAUCCGCCGCCGCCGCCGGCGCGGCGGGAAGGGCUGAGGAGAAGAAGACCGAGGAGGUCCCGACCGCGAUCGCUGCGGCGGCGGCGCCGCCGGAGUUCAGACUCAGGAGGGGCCUAUCCAGCGGCGGCGAGGUGUGGCCGUCGUGGCUGAACGAAGUCGCCGGCCACGCCAUUAAGGACUGGAAACCCCGCCGCGCCAACACCUUCGAGAAGCUCGAUAAGAUUGGGCAAGGGACAUACAGCAAUGUGUACAAAGCAAGGGAUUUAAUAACCGGUAAAGUGGUGGCACUUAAGAAAGUAAGGUUCGAUAACUUAGAGUCAGAAACAGUCAAAUUCAUGGCUAGAGAGAUACUCGUAUUGAGAAAGCUGAACCAUCCGAAUGUAAUAAAACUCGAAGGUCUCGUUAUUUCAAGAAUGUCGAGCAGUCUUUACCUCGUUUUCGAGUACAUGGAACAUGACCUAGCUGGCCUAGCCGCUGUCCAACCUGCCAAAUUCACCGAACCUCAGGUGAAAUGUUAUAUGAAACAAUUACUGUCGGGUUUAGAGCACUGCCACAACAAUGGUGUACUACAUCGAGAUAUCAAAUGCUCCAACUUGCUAAUAGACAACGAAGGAGUUUUAAGAAUAGCGGAUUUCGGUUUAGCUUCUUUUUUCGAUCCUCAACGAAAGAGACCAAUGACAAGUCGUGUAAUAACCCUUUGGUAUCGCCCACCCGAGCUUUUGCUGGGGUCCACUUAUUACAGCGUCGGUGUUGAUUUGUGGAGCGCUGGCUGUAUUUUGGCUGAGUUGUUCGCUGGCAAGCCCAUUUUACGGGGAAGAACAGAGGUUGAGCAGCUGCACAAGGUUUUUAAACUAUGUGGCUCUCCGUCAGAGGAAUAUUGGAAGAAAUCGAGAUUGCCAAAUGCAACUCUUUAUAAACCUCAACAACCUUACAAAUCCUGCCUAUCCGAAACCUUUAAGGAUUUUCCGCCAUCCGCCCUCUCUCUAAUACAAACUCUUCUCUCCAUUGAUCCCGACGCACGAGGCACUGCCACGUCAGCAUUGAACAGUGAACUUUUCAGUACGGAACCAUAUGCAUGUGAGCCAUCGAGCUUACCUAAAUUUCCUCCAAGUAAGGAAAUGGAUAUAAAAUUGAGAGACGAAGAAGCUAGAAGGCUACGGGGUUUGAGUGGGAAACCUCAAGUAGGUGUAGAAGGCAAUAGACGACCGAGACCACGUGACAAAGUUACCCGUGCAAUGCCAGCUCCUGAAGCUAAUGCGGAGCUACAAACCAACUUAGAUAGAAUGAGAAUAAUGUCGGACGCUAAAGCGAAAAGCAAGAGCGAAAAAUUCCCCCCACCGCACGAGGAUGCAUCGUUUGGCCAUACUCUCGAUUCAUCUCAAAACGGACCUCUUUCUUUCGGUGCAUCUCGUCAUAGUAAUAAUAACACUUCGUUCACGUCUUCAAUAUUCGACCGAAAAUCAUCAAGAUCUCUACGGAAUUACACUACAUCGAAAAAUAAUGCAGCUCCUACAAAGAGGAAAAACGAGAUGGAAGAGCCUCAAAGGGCACCCUCAAGGAGCUUUAUUAAUGCUUUGUAUCCAUCUUCGGUUGGAUGGGAUUUCGGGUUCAGCCGAAGACGAACCGUUUCGGAAAAUUUCAAGGAUCGGAAGUAGAGAGAGAAAGAGAAGGGAGGUGAGUUUGUAGACAAAUUUUUGAAACUCUUAGGUGCUUUUCUUUUUCUUUUUUUAUAAAUUGCAAUGAAAGUACUUAAGAGUAAUUUGUUGUAAUGAUGAUUGGGGUUUGUGUAUAAUGAAGAAAAGAUAGAUUUUUUUAUGAGAAAUGAUGGGAAAGUGGUUAAUAGUGGAUUGGAUUCUCAUCUUUGUUGUACAUGUCAGAUGUUCUUGUUUAGUGAAGCAUUGAUUAUUUUACAAGUU